AUGGCAGAAACAGUUCUUAUCUUCGGCGCAUCCGGAAACAUCGGAGUCUCUGCCGUUAUCGGUGCCCUUCAAGCCAAGCGCAGUGUCAUUGCUGUUGUCCGUAAUCAGACAAGCGCCGAAAAGAUCUUCGACUACGUGGGAACUCGCGAAAGAAUCACGAUCGCCGAAGCGGACAUCACAUCUGAGGACUCUGUUCGAGAUGUCGUUGAGCAAGUUCGCACUGGCAAGCUGCCGCCGUUUCAGCAUGUUUUUGCGUCUCCCGGUGGUCUUUAUUGGGAGACUAGCCUAAUUGAUCUUGACACUUCUGCUCUUCAUGAGAUUAUGAAGAUCAAUUUUGAGACUUAUCUAUAUGCAUAUCGUGCAACUGUGCCCUAUUUACUAGAGAAGGGCGUCUCAAACAGCUCUUGGACAAUGUGUUCUGGCGCCUCGGGUGAUAUGGGUCGGCGAGCGGCUCCUGCUGUGACUCAAGGAGCUCUGUUCAGCAUGGCCACUGUGGCUGCGCGCGACAAUCUAGACACCAACAUACGAUUCAACGAGAUCUACCUAUCCUAUCGAGUUCAGCACCACGUCAACUUGGAAGACAAAAAACAGUUCCUCGGCCUGGCGCAUCUCCAGACUUCGAGGGAGUUUGCCCCACUCUACGAGCAACUGUUGGACAGAACAGACAUCAGAAGCAAGAGGGUUAAUGCUAUUAGCCCCGAGGACGUGGUUAAUUUAAAGUACGAAACUCGUUACCGAGACUUCUGA